AUGUGUUUUUCAAAGACGAAGAAGUCUUCUCACGCUAAGGAUCAAUCUUCCUCACAGAAGAAGAACCCUAUACCACCAGCUAGGCCUGUUUCUCGCCCAGCUAUAGCAACUACUGGAUCCGUACGAUCAACUGGAAAAACCAGAAAGGUGCCGGCUGCUCCCACUGCUCCCACUGCUCCCACAGCACAACCAGCUGUAAAAGUAGCCUCUCCAACAAUAUCCCUCAAGAGUUUAGCAGCAGCGAUUGUUCCCGUUACCGGUGGUCCGACCGAAACAGGGGCAACAUCAAUCAAUCCAUCGUUAUCUAGUGUUACCACCCCAGCGCCUUGCCCCGCCGUUCCUGGCUCGGUUUUGCCGUCGCAACCUCCAGAGCCAUCGAGGGCCGUUCAAAGUACAUAUAGAUCUCUUUGGGAAGAGGCGCGCAAAAGCAAAAAGUUGACUCGGGAAGAACUGGACAGCAUUAAUACUGAUCAAGAUAUCAGGCAGGUGCUUGAAGAGCUCGUGAAGGAGAUAGAGCGCAAGAAAAACGAAUGCGAGGAUAAACAGUGGACUUAUACAACUCGAGGGGGCGAUAAGAGACUUGUGAGAGACUCAGUGAGCGCCUGUCUCACAAAUUUAACGAAACUAGUGCCUGUAGGGGAUGCGACAGUCGCCGCACUUCCUUCAAUUGCGUCUGCUCCAUGGGGCGUCUUAAAAUUCCUCUUGAAGGCCGUUACAGCAGGCGUGGAUAACACGAGAAUUAUCCAUGAAAGUAUCGAAAAUCUUUCGAGAAUCCUGAGUAACUGCAAUAUCUACGAGAGCCUUUAUAUUGAAGGAUCAAGCCUUAAAGGCCAAUACGCACAAGGGAUUGGAGAAGCAGUUUGGAAAGAACUGGAUAAGCUCUUGAAGGAUGUUUCAGAUGGAGAGAAGGAAGUGAGAGACGCAGCCGAUCUAGCUGCGAAGGAGGGUCAGAGUCGGGUGCUGGAGGGAUUAGCUAAAACCCUAGAAAGUGUGGUAUAUCCUAUCAGUAGGAUAGAAUCUAAGCUUGACAAGUUGUUCAUAAUGAUGCAGGACGAUGAGCGCUCCAAGGUAUUAGGAUGGAUAUCGAAUAUGUCCUUCAAAGAGCAUCAUAUACUUGUCAACUCAUUGCGCCAUCCGGAUACUGGCAAAUGGCUGCUUGAGAAAGAAUCUUUUCUUCAGUGGAAAAAGCCAGACUCGAAGUCGCUUUUUUGGUUACAUGGACCCCCCGGUUCCGGCAAAACAUUGCUUUCAUCCAAUGUCAUUGACCUAGUGAGACCCAAAUACAACGAACAUUGCAUAGCAUACUUCUACUGCAACUAUAAAGAAUCCGGGCGUCGAGAGCCAGAAUCGAUUUUAAGAUCGAUUGUUAAACAGAUCUGUCUUCAAAGCCCUACAGCUAGCCUCCCAGAGCCAUUACUGUCCAUAUAUAGGCAACGAGUUACAGACGAUGACCUUGGUCGAAAUCUUGACAUUGUGGAAAUCAAAGAUCUUCUUGUUAAGCUCUGUGGAGGAUUUCUCCAGACCGCUAUCGUUAUCGACGCUCUCGACGAAUGUUAUGAAGAAACGCGAUGGAAGAUCCUGGAUAUCCUAAAGCAUGUGCUGGAUUCGACGCUUAACAUCAAAAUAUUUGUUACCAGCCGAAACGACGCAGACUUGAGAAGGGCCUUGGAAGGAUCGCCAGAUGUUUUCAUUCAAGAGAGGGAUAACACUGAAGACAUCAAUCUCUAUAUUGAUUCAGAAAUUGAGGUUUAUAUGACGAAAAGACGGUUUCUGUGCGGUCAUAUUAGCGAUGAGUUAAAAAAGAGGAUAACUGAAAAGCUGCGUGAGAAGGCACAUGGGAUGUUUCUGUGGGUGAAAUAUCAGCUUGAUCGGAUAUGUCUGGAGGCAACGUUUGGUGGCAUCUUAACGGUUCUGGAUGAGUUGCCAGAAACUUUAAACGAAACAUACUCGGAGAUUAUGAAGAGAAUAAACAACAAGAAAGGGAGUAAACGCACGAGGGAUAUGGCAAAUAAAGUAUUGGCAUGGAUGCUCUAUGCCUUGCGACCGCUCUCCACCGCGGAGCUUAUCGAAGCUAUUUCCGAGCCUUAUUCAUUGAGUAAAAACGAUUUGACAGAAUCUACAAUUCUCGAUAUCUGUUGUAAUCUUGUUGUAUUUGACGAGGGAUUUGAGGUUCUCCGGUUCGCACAUUUCUCGGUCCAGGAGUUCCUACUAUCCGAGAUUGGAUCAAAGAAGAGCCACACAAUGAUGGCAGACGUCUGUCUCACCUCGCUCAUGCACGAGACAGAGCCGGGCACCCCAGGCCCGGCUUUGCAAGGAUACUCGACCUCCAACUGGGCGGCGCAUGUUCGGUCAUCGGAUAGCGAACGUGAUGUUCUCAAGGAUUUCUGGACGAAGUUUCUGCAACCAUGUCGAGCAUACAAUGAGUGGGUUGGAAGAAUCAGCAAAGAGGAGAGGCGGUUAGCGCCUGUUGAGGGUAAACAACUGACACCCUUGAUGGUUGCAUGUUACUACCAGCUGAGUGGCAUCGUCGAAUCACUCCUGGACGAAGGAGUCAAUUUCGAAGGAACAUCUUUUAACUGGUUCGGAGACACUAUACUCCAUCUGUGCGUAAUAAACGAUAACCUGAGUUGCCUGCAAUUGCUACUCGAGAGAGGAGCGGAUAUAAAUGUACCGGAUUUGGGUGGUAGCACGCCGCUCGCAGUUGCUGCGAGAAACGGGCAUGAAAAAGCGGUGCGGGCUUUGCUCGAGAAGGGGGCGGCUGUGGAUUGCCUGGACGGCAACGGCCUCACGCCACUGUCAUACGCUGCGAAUUGGGGGCAUGAGAAGGUGGUGCGGGCGUUGCUCGAGAAGGGGGCGGCUGUGGAUUUCCUGGACGGCGCUGGCCGUACGCCACUGUCAUACGCUGCGGAGAGGGGUCAUGAGAAGGUGGUGCGGGCGUUGCUCGAGAAGGGGGCGGCUGUGGAUUGCCUGGACGGCAACGGCCUCACACCACUGUCAUACGCUGCGGUUUGGGGAAAUGAGAAGGUGGUGCGGGCGUUGCUCGAGAAGGGGGCGGCUGUGGAUUGCCUGGACGGCGCUGGCCGUACGCCACUGUCAUACGCUGCGGAGAGGGGUCAUGAGAACAUGGUGCGGACUUUGCUCGAGAAGGGGGCAGCUGUGGAUUGCCUGGACGGCGCUGGCCGUACGCCACUGUCAUACGCUGCGGCUCGGAGAGAAGAGAAGAUAGUGCGGGCGUUGCUCGAGAAGGGGGCGGCUGUGGAUUGCCUGGACGGCGACGGCCGUACGCCGCUGUCAUACGCUGCGCAGAGGGGUCAUGAGAAGGUGGUGCAGGCGUUGCUCGAGAAGGGGGCGGCUGUGGAUUGCCUGGACGGCGACAGCCUCACGCCACUAUCAUACGCUGCGGUUUGGGGAAAUGAGAAGGUGGUGCGGGCGUUGCUCGAGAAGGGGGCGGCUGUGGAUUGCCUGGACGGCGACGGCCGUACGCCGCUGUCAUACGCUGUGCAGUGGGGUCAUGAGAAGGUGGUGCAGGCGUUGCUCGAGAAGGGGGCCGCUGUGGAUUUCCUGGACGGCGACGGCCGUACGCCACUGUCAUACGCUGCAGCUCGGGGAGAAGAGAAGAUAGUGCGGGCGUUGCUCGAGAAGGGGGCGGCUGUGGAUUGCCUGGACGGCGACGGCCGUACGCCGCUGUCAUGCGCUGCGGAGACGGGUCAUGAGAAGGUGGUGCGGGCGUUACUCGAGAAGGGGGCGGCUGUGGAUUGCCUGGACGGCAACGGCCGUACGCCGCUGUCAUACGCUGCGCAGAGGGGUAAUGAGAAGGUGGUGCAGGCGUUGCUCGAGAAGGGGGCGGCUGUGGAUUGCCUGGACGGCAACGGCCUCACGCCACUGUCAUACACUGCGGUUUGGGGAAAUGAGAAGGUGGUGCGGGCGUUGCUCGAGAAGGGGGCGGCUGUGGAUUGCCUGGACGGCGACGGCGGUACGCCGCUGUCAUAUGCUGUGCAGUGGGGUCAUGAGAAGGUGGUGAAGGCGUUGCUCGAGAAGGGGGCGGCUGUGGAUUGCCUGGACGGCAACGGCCUCACGCCACUGUCAUACGCUGCGGUUUGGGGAAAUGAGAAGGUGGUGCGGGCGUUGCUCGAGAAGGGGGCGGCUGUGCAUUGCCUGGACGGCAACGGCCUCACGCCACUGUCAUACGCUGCGAAUUGGGGGCAUGAGAAGGUGGUGCGGGCGUUGCUCGAGAAGGGGGCGGCUGUGGAUUGCCUGGAUGGCGACGGCCGUACGCCGCUGUCAUACGCUGCGGAGACGGGUCAUGAGAAGGUGGUGCGGGCGUUACUCGAGAAGGGGGCGGCUGUGGAUUGCCUGGACGGCGACGGCCGUACGCCGCUGUCAUACGCUGCGCAGAGGGAUCAUGAGAAGGUGGUGCAGGCGUUGCUCGAGAAGGGGGCAGAUAUGCAUAUUCCGGAUGGCAUAUAUGGUCGAACACCACUGUCCAGUGCCGCGGCGCACGGGUUCGGGGAACUGGUACGGGUGCUCCUCCAAAAGGGGGCACAUGUCGAAAGCCGGGAUAAGAAUGGUCAUACGCCGUUAGCAAGGGCCGCGGGCGAGGGACACGAGACAGUGGUGAAGGUCUUGCUCGAGCACGGUGCGGAUGUGGAUAGUCGGGACGAGGAAGGUAGAACACCGCUGUCGUUGGCUGCGGCCGAGGGACAUGAGGAGGUGGUACGGGUGUUGCUCAAGAAGGGGGCACAUGUGGAAAGCCGGGAUAAGGAUGGUCGUACGCCGUUGUCAAGGGCCGCGGACGCGGGGCACGUGGCGGUGGUGAGGGUCUUGCUCGAGAACGGUGCGGAUGUGGAUAGUCGGGACGAGGAAGGUAGAACAUCCCUGUCGUGGGCUGCGGCCGCGGGACAUGAGAAGGUGGUGCAGAUGCUGAAGGAGCGAGGAGCUAUGUAA